AUGGGAUACAAAGACUACGGAUUGAUCAUCAGCAACCAGGUCAAAAACCAAUAUGGAAGUUCAAAAAAGUCACAGGCAAGCUAUCUCGCGGAAAAGGUAGUGGAAUUGAUUGGUAUCGCUAUCAAGUUCAAAACCUCUUACCAAAGCUUUUCCCCUUGGCAAAAGAGUGUCAAAUUGAUCGUCUGA